UUCAAAAUCUUUGCAAUUGGGCAGUAGUGCUAAUGCUUUUAAAUCUCACCCUAGAGGACCACCGUGGAGUUCAAGGAAGGAAUAAUAAACUAGUAUCCAAGGAGGAAGAUAUGGAGAUAAACGAAAAACUUAAGAUUCUUAAUAAGCCUCCUAUGAAAUCCAUCAAGAUGAAACUUGGUGACAUGUACGAUUGCAUUAACAUUUACAAACAACCAGCUUUUGAUCAUCCAUUGCUCAGAAAUCAUAAAAUCCAGAUGAAACCAAAUGUGAUUCAAGGAGAACAAAUUGAAGAAUCUACUUCUAAUAUGGUUUCUAGUGAUGUGCGAUAUAAAUUAAAAGGGUGUCCCUCAGAAACUGUUCCCAUCCGAAGAACCACAAAGGAAGAACUAGUAAAUGCAAAACAUCUCUCUAACUGGAUAAAGCGUCGUCAUCAUGUAUCAGCUCAACCUUUUGCCGAAAAACAGUACUAUGGAGCUAGGGCUGAAAUUUCUUUAGCAAAUCCAAGCAUCGAUCCGGAUAAGUUUAGCACUAGUCAAAUAUGGAUACAGAAUGGCCCUGCUGAAGAACUAAAUAGUAUAGAGUUUGGAUGGGCUGUGCAUCCUCAGUUAUUUGGUGACAAUAAGACUCGAGUUUUUGGUCUGUGGACGGCCGAUGGAUUUAAAGAAACGGGAUGCUAUAACAUGCUUUGCCCUGGAUUUGUGCAAGUCCAUCCUGAGUACUCUUUUGGAGAAGAACUUACAGUUGGUAGAUAUGGAGGGAACCAGCGUGUGUUCGAUUUUUCAGUACAUCGCGAUCCAGAAAGUGGCAAUUGGUGGUUCAUUAAUGGUAUAGACAAUGCAAAGAUAGGAUACUGGCCAAAAGAGAUUUUUACACAUUUAUCUAAACAUGCAUCUGUGAUUGGAUAUGGAGGUGUUGCAGGGGCGGGUCUUAGUGAACCUACUCCGCCGAUGGGAUAUGGAUAUUCACCAACUAUUAAUUCUACAUAUACAUGUUUUAUGGCUGGAAUGAAAGUCGUUGAUGAUCGGGGUAGGUAUUUGAACUUUGAUACAUCAAAGGUACAACUUGAUCAUGAUACUGAAAGACGUUGUUAUGAUAUUAUUUUCCCCGGUUGGUAUAUUUCUCAUGGGAUAAUGAUGUUUUUUGGAGGACCGGGGGGUUAUUGUCCAUAAUUAUGAUCAGUUGUAAGUAUAAUACAUCUUAAUAAUAAAAUUUUUUUCCAACUCAAG